AUUUUUUUCUUUAUUUUUUAAAUUUGAGUGAACGCAUCGAUUUCGAUUGAGAACCAAAGAUGAAAUUUCCAAUAGAAAACCCGAGGAAACAAGUUAAAUGGGAACCCCAAAAAGUGGCGGUCCAGACCAACUUGGUCCCUCCCAAAAAGAUCCAGGCUGGCAUGGCCAAGUCGAGCCUUGUCCAGGCCAGCGUGGCCACCAUGCAGAACCCAAUGGGCUGUGAGCCGAAGGCCAACGGUCAUUGCCCGCUGCCACGCCUGUCCAUCUCCUCCCGCUCUGCCAGCGUGGUGGCCAGCAUGGACGCCAGCUGUGACGGCGUGGCCGCCGCGCUGCACUCGGUGAUGAAGUGGAAGACGGUGCUGGCCGUGUUCAUCGUGGUGGUUCUCUACCUGGUCUGUGGGGGUCUGGUCUUCAGGGCUCUGGAGCAGCCGUUUGAGAGCAACCAGAAGAACUCUAUCACUCUGGAGAAGGCUUUGUUCCUGAAGACACACCUGUGUGUCUCUCCCGAGGAGCUGGAGGCCCUCAUUAAGCAUGCCAUAGAUGCUGUGAGUGCUGGAGUGAGUCCUAUUGGAGAUACAUCAUUCAAUUCCAGUCACUGGGACCUGGGCAGUGCCUUCUUCUUUGCUGGAACUGUAAUCACAACCAUAGGUUAUGGAAAUAUAGCUCCAAGCACGCAGGGUGGAAAAAUCUUCUGCAUCCUUUAUGCCAUAUUUGGCAUCCCUCUCUUUGGCUUCUUGUUGGCCGGGAUUGGAGACCAGCUGGGCACCAUCUUUGUGAAAAGCAUCUUGAGGGUUGAGAAGAUAUUCAGGCAAAAACACAAACAGAUCAGCCAGACCAAGAUCAGAGUGACCUCCACCAUCCUGUUCAUCCUGGCUGGCUGCAUUGUUUUUGUCACCAUCCCUGCUGUCAUCUUCAAACACAUAGAGGGCUGGACCACACUGGAGUCCAUCUACUUUGUUGUGAUAACACUCACCACAGUGGGGAUAGGAGACUACGUGGCAGGUGGCAAUCGUAGGAUCGUCUACAGGAAGUGGUACAAGCCUUUGGUGUGGUUCUGGAUCUUGGUGGGAUUGGCAUACUUUGCAGCCGUCCUCAGCAUGAUUGGAGACUGGCUUCAGAUACUGUCUAAAAAGACCAAAGAAGAGGUUGGGGAGAUUAAAGCCCACGCAGCAGAGUGGAAGGCAAAUGUCCGAGCGGAGUUCCGUGAAACGCGGCGGCGCCUGAGUGUCGAGAUCCACGACAAGCUGCAGCGGGCUGCCACCAUCCGCAGCAUGGAGCGCCGACAGCUCGGCCUGGAGCAGCGAGCGCUCUCCCUGGACAUGCUGUCUCCGGAGAAGCGGGCCUUGUUCGCCAGCCUGGACGCCGGCCGCUUCAAGACUUCCUCCCAGGAGAGCAUCGACACCAAGCUCAACAACCUGAGGCUGAAGGGGGCCUGCGAGCCGUACGACCAACAGGCGAGCGAGCAGACGCCGCAGACGGCGUCUUCCUCCGAGGAGAACCUCUUCAACCUGCGCUGCGGAUCCCUCACCAAGCUGGCCAGACGCAACAGGAACCGCGAGCUGCGGAGGAACAUUAACGAAGACGUGCGGCGGGCUAGUGUAGGGGUCAGCAAUUGCAGUGCUAUGCUGGGAGAGGAGAGGACAGAAGAAGAAGAAGAAGACGGGGAGCCGGACGAGGAAAACAGAGACAGAAAAGUGGAAAACAUCAGCCUGACAAACCUGUCACAGAACGCGAUGGAGCGCGGGAAGUUGAAUGGGUUCGCGCCGGCCAAAGAUAGUGAACGACUGGGCAUCGAAUGGAAGUGUUCUUCAGAGACACGGGGAGAAACGGAGUGAAAGGUAGAGACGAGAACACGGAACAAGAGUGCAUGGACCGUUGAGAUGUCAGUAAAUGUGCCUUUGUGUUUUCCUUCGCUUUGAUUGGAACUGCUCCGAGUAAAUUCAGUCAUGAUGCCAUAGCCACGGGAAGAAAAUGUGCUGCCAAAAAGUGGAGAAGACGGAAGAGGCUGUCGUUAAAUUACCUCGCAUAGGAUGUGACUGUAGGAUGGGCAACUCAAAGAACUUUCCUCGCUACAGGAGCUUCAUCAGCUUCGAUGUCUUUCAGCCUUGACUCUCGUCACACUCGAGAGACACGACGGCUCGUUGUUAAUGUCGAAUCUUAUUUUCCAACCAUGUGGGCAGGAUAUUCAGAGUUCUAGCUUCAGCUCCUCCUUCUUCAGAAAACGUUGCGGAUCUACGCUUUGUCAUCUUACAAUGUGCUGGUUUAUUUGUAGCUCGGCUACCAAAGGACUGGGAAGGUGGGAGGUUUUGUUUCUGCUGCAUCAGUUUGUCAAACAAUAGACACUCACCUGGCUGACACGAACAGUUAUUCCUGGUAUGUAACUUUGGAAGUGCAAAAAAAUAAUAAUAAUAAUUUUAAAAAAUGAAUGAAAAAACAAACAUCUCUUAGAUCGUGCAUGGUUAUAAAAUAAAACCAUAAAAGAAGAUUCACAUACUUGAAAGCUUGAAAUGACAGCUGUAAUAAUGUUCCUUACUGUUUCGAUGAAUUAAAUGUACUGCUUGCUUUCACAGGCAUUUAUUAUCACCAUUGGCCAACAGAUUGUCAGCCAUGUUGAAAACACCUUUUUUGUAAAUGACGUUCACUUUUAUCACAAAUGUCUUCAGACUUUUAAUGAAUGAAUAUGAUGCUUUUCAUUUUGUACUCAUCAAGCAUGUUUGCAUCCGUGUUUACUCCUUUUUAUAUAAGCCAAGCACUUAAGUUGAAAUGUUUAAGUACAAACUAAACAUGUCAUGUUUCUUUUAUCAAAUGUCUUUUCUGAAACACAUUUUUGCUUAAAUCUUCAAACUGAAGUGUUUUAUUGUAUGUUAACUCAUUGAAAAGACACAUUUCUACGUUUUGCUUUUCACACACAGGCUCUGAAACUACUACCCGACGUCUUCUUUAAAUCUUUACAAAAUGAUUAAAAACUAAAGACGAAGUAUACACACACUGGUUGUACUUGUACCCUGUUUUAUCCUUUUCAGGAGCCAAUAAGUUGCUGUGUUUUUUCUUCAUGAACAUAUCACAUUAAAUGUAGUGAGUGCCUUUUUACAGAUAAUAAACAUGACUUAAGGAA